UUUAUAAACACUUCCGAGUUCAGAUGCUUUUGUAAUACAGAACAGGCCCAACAUUUGUAUUUCAAGGGGAAAAAAUGACCAGUAUAAACGCAUGCAUCCAGCUGACGCUUACUUUUUUACUGCUUUAUUGUUGCAAUAUGGUUAGAGCACAGAGUCGGCCCAAGGAUAAUGGAGAUAUUUAUGUACAGCACAAAACUCAGUCAGUUAUGGCUGGUAUAACUGCGGACCAAACAGAUAUACCAAUAGCUGCACAAACGUAUGGAAGCAAUACCUUUAAUGUUGAGGAAGUGAUGAGUACCUGCAAUGCCAGCUUUUCUAUACCAAUGGAUUACAUUGUGCAAUUCAACACAACGGGCGAGUUGUCAGACACAACAGAUAAAACGGGCAUGUGUUUCAUACGUUGUUUCUUGGAAAAGUCGGGCUUAAUAAAAAAUUGGCAUUUAAAUAAGGAUCUGAUAAUGCAAACUAUGUGGUCAAUAAUCGCCGAUUCAGUUGAAUUAUGUGAAUCAGAAUCAGAAAGCGAAGUAAAUGCAUGUGUGCGUACUUAUGCCAUAGCCAAGUGUCUUAUGAAACGCACGCUUGAAGCUGCGGGCAAUCAAACAUUGACUUAAGGCUUCUGAUUCUGAGAUUCUGCACAAAUCUUUACAGAUUUUCUAACAAACUUACAUUUGCAAAUAUUUCAUUAUUUUUAUGCGCACUUAAAAAAUUGCUAUAAACUCAAGUUACAUACUUUACAAACUGGCAAUACAUACAUACAUAUGUAUAAAAGAAAAUAAAUGCACUUAAAGCUAUAGUUGCGUUGCAGAUGCUUCACGAUAUGCAGGUUUUUACAGGAAGCCGUUCCAGGUGACCACCUUUCAUAAGGUUUAUUAAUGGAGAAAAAAGCUUUUCCUGCAAAUCCGGA